AUGAUCCGAUGUCCUUAUGGAUCUAAAUGCAUUCCACAACGUGGUGAAUGCGAGUGUAAAUCAAUGUGCACUAGUCCUGGUCCGACAGUUUGCGGCACAGACAAUGUUAGCUAUGCAAGUGAAUGCCAUUUAGCCAUACGGUCUUGUAUAUUAGUUCAACAAGGAUCAAAACAGAUACGUGUAAAAAAUAUUGGAACAUGCGGUAAGUUUGGAGGAUAUUAA